AUGGCAAUGAGGUUUAAUGCCCAAGCCGCCAAGACCCAACGAUCACCAACCCGUAAAGCUUGUCCUAUCCACGUGCACUGCAUUGAACACCGCAACCCCGCAACUAUUCUCACUCCGAUACCGCAAUCCAACAUGGCGCCUACCCUUACAGCGGUAUAUGGAUCUCCUCUUUCCACGGAGCCUCAUAUCUUCUCAUACCCUCUACCGGAAUCCGUAGCUUCUUCUACGACUACGGCUACUGAUGCAAAGACACAGCAUCUUUCGGACCUCCGAGCGGCGGUCAUAAGACUUCAGGAGGAGAUAAAUACGUACUUAACUGAAAGAAUGCAAGCGGAGAAAAAGGCGGAAGAGGAUGCGAUGGCGGAGGAAAAAUACGGCGAGGAGGAAGGAGAGGAGGAGGAUUAA